AUGGAAAACCCUACAAUGACAUUGACCCAGUUGCUGCCAGAUACACAAACACAGGCUUUGGCAGAUGUUGAACCAGAGCAUAUUUGUACACAUGGAAAUUGUCUCAAUGACUCUACAGUAUCAUCAGAUUCUGACACAAAUCAGAAUACAAUUUCACUUAACGAUGGACUUAUAGCAUCGGGACAGGAUAGCCCUCGGCGUGUAGAUAAUGUUGUCAUGAUGAUUCCUGACUCUCAGCCUCCUGAUUCUCCAGGAACAUCCCCCCAACCUGCGCGCCGUUCAACACGUAUUACUGCUAAACGACAUCCCAAGACCCCCAGGACCCCACACACCACGCAAAGGAAGAGAGGACGUCCCGCCAAAACCAUGUCACAGCCAAAUCCAACACGCACAUUGAAUCGUAAUGCUAAGGCGAAUAGCAAUAUUGACCUUAAUAACCUCAUGUCAACUGUCUUGGACAUACAGAACACAGUAAACACCUUGAAACAGUUGAGCGAUACAAAUAGUGAACUUGUUAAACAACUCGCUCGUAAAACUGCAGAUAAUGAGGAACUUCAUAAAGAAUUGAAUGACCUUAGAAAAACCGUGAACAAACUAAAGGAAGUGAAGCAUGCCCCGCAGCCAAACCUCAAAUCCCUCAUAAUAGGUUCAUCGAUUAUCCGGGACAUAGAUGAAACAAAGCUCAUUGAUACCGAAGUGGACUGUAUUCGUGGAGGCAAAAUAGCUACCAUACACAACAAACUUCUCAAGAAAAAAGAGAAGUAUGACCACAUCUAUCUGCAAGUUGCCAGUAACGAUUGCGCUGAAAGAGACGAUGUGAAACUUAUAUCUGAGGAUUAUGCCCUUCUCAUUAAGACAGCAAAACAGCUUUGCAAUAGCCUCACUAUAUCCAGUGUAACUCCCCGUCUAAAUGAUCCGACUGUGCAAGAACGAAUCAACCAGCUUAACGGUUUCUUGUUAUGCCACUGCCAGGAUGAGGCUGUAACAUUCAAUGACAAUGACAUUAACUUCAAGCAUCGCGACGAGUCUAUCAAUAACGGAUACCUAUGUCCAGAUAAACUGCAUCUAAGUGACGCUGGAACCAAUAGUUUGGUUAAAAACCUCAAACUGAAAACCACAUGUGACGAUGUCACUUUACCCCGUAACAAAAGGAACAGCCCUCAAACUAAGACCAGCCGCAAGGAACAUCAACCAAAGAACCCUCCAACGACAACUUCAACACCCACAUCAACCAACACAAGACAAUCAGGCUAUAUCAACACCAACAAGCCAAGAUCCAUGAACACUUAUACACAUAAUCGUAACAGCACCAAUAAGGACAUGUCCUGCAAUAAAUGUGGGGAGAGUCAUCUCCCUUCCACAUGUUGGCACCCCACUGCUGUACGCUGCCAUUUUUGUAAAACAAUUGGACACAAACAAUCACGAUGCCCCAAUAAACCCAAUGAUAUUCCUCCUGCAAGGGGUCAUUUAAAUGUCAUGAAGGACAAUCAUUAUGUUAAUCGUGUCCAGUCUUUUGAAUACGAUCAUCAGAACAAUGACUUUCUUGGAAAUAAUAGGUUUUCCGUACUUACCCAUUAUUAGAGUAACGGCAAUGAGUCUGCCUUAUCCCCCAAUGUCACGAAAGAUAAAGCCUCAUUCCCCAAUGAUAUAAAAACCCGAC